AUGGGCGAGCGCAGCUGCGUCCUUAUCCUGGCCAAGCCAGACAGGUGCAGCGACUGCAAGGUCCUGGUCGAGGAGGCGGAGGCCCUGCGGAACCUGCACGAGCUGGGCGCGGGGCAGCUGGCGGCCGUCAUCUGCGCGCUUGGCAGGGGCCGCGACGAUUCGUGCUGGCCCCUGCUGUCCGAGCUGCGCGCCGCCGCCUUCCGGCGGACCUUCGUGAUCGUCCUGAGCUACACUGCGGCCAGGGACGCUCGGACACGGCUGGACUGCUUCGACGCUGGCGCGCGCAUGGUGACCGCCUCGCUGCGGGACGCCGGCGUGGCGCUGCGGCGCGCCGCGCUGGUGCUGCGCAGCCCCGGGCCCUACAGGUGCCCGGCGUGUGCGCUGCCCAGCCUGAGCGAGGACGGCUUGCACCUGCACAUGCACUUCCACCACGCGACGGAUCCCAACGAGGGGGGCGUCUGCCCAGUGUGCGCGGCCCGCGUGGGCAACCUGGCGAUGCACCUGCACAACGAGCACGGCCCGCCGGAGGAGCGCGAGCUGGCGGCGGCGCCGUACGCCGCGUUCGCCUGGUGCGUGUGCCAGCGGCCGUCGGACGCCAAGUUCCUCCUCGUGAACGAGCCGGCGGGCAUCUCCGGCGGGAGGCCCGGGUAUUGGCUGCCAGCUGGGCGCCUAGACAGGGGUGAGGGCUUUGUGGAGGCCUGCCGGCGCGAGGCGCUCGAGGAGGCUGGCGUGGCAGUGCGUGUCACAGGGCUGCUGCGGUUGAUGGUGGACGGCCGGGGGACCAUCAGGGCGGUGCUGUUGGCCGCGCCAGAGGACGAGCGCGACUGCGAGCCGAAGAGCGUCCCGGACUGGGAGAGCGUCGGAGCCGUGUGGGCGGACGUGAGCGAAUUGGACAAGCUGAGCGACGGCGACUACCGCAGCCCCGAUCCCGCCGACCUGUACCCCAAGGUGGCCCGCGGCGAGCUGAGGCCGCAGCCCCUGGACACGGACGCCUUCCGGGAGCUCGAGGCGCUGAUGCGGCGGCUGACGUCUGGCGACGCGGCCGCUUCGCCCGAGCUCCCGGGCGUUUUGGCGCGCCUCCAGGCGGCCUACCCCAGGUCGGUGUUCCGGCGCUGA